GGGGCCGGAAGUAGAAGUGGCAGUGGCGGUGGCGCACAGCGGAGUGGAGGAAGAAGGCAGGGAGCCCAAGAGCCGGAGCGGGAGUCGCGGCGGCGGAGACCCCUGUGCGGUGCGGAGGGGGCGGUAGCCCCGGCUCUGACCCGCGCCGGGGGGUGGGCCAUGGCGGAGAUCAGCGACCUGGACCGGCAGAUCGAGCAGCUGCGGCGCUGCGAGCUCAUCAAGGAGAGCGAAGUCAAGGCCCUGUGCGCUAAAGCCAGAGAGAUCUUGGUAGAGGAGAGCAACGUGCAGAGGGUGGACUCGCCAGUCACAGUAUGCGGUGACAUCCAUGGACAGUUCUAUGACCUCAAGGAGCUGUUCAGAGUGGGUGGUGACGUCCCUGAGACCAACUACCUCUUCAUGGGGGACUUUGUGGAUCGUGGUUUCUACAGCGUCGAAACGUUUCUCCUGCUGUUGGCUCUUAAGGUUCGCUAUCCUGACCGCAUCACUCUGAUCCGGGGCAACCAUGAGAGCCGCCAGAUCACCCAGGUCUAUGGCUUCUAUGAUGAGUGCCUGCGCAAGUAUGGCUCAGUGACUGUGUGGCGCUACUGCACUGAGAUUUUUGACUACCUCAGCCUAUCAGCCAUCAUCGAUGGCAAGAUCUUUUGUGUACAUGGGGGCCUCUCCCCAUCCAUCCAGACCCUGGACCAGAUCCGGACAAUUGACCGAAAGCAGGAGGUGCCGCAUGAUGGGCCCAUGUGUGACCUGCUCUGGUCUGACCCUGAAGACACAACAGGCUGGGGUGUGAGCCCUCGUGGAGCUGGCUACCUAUUUGGCAGUGACGUGGUGGCCCAGUUCAAUGCAGCCAAUGACAUUGACAUGAUCUGCCGUGCCCACCAAUUGGUGAUGGAAGGUUACAAGUGGCACUUCAAUGAGACUGUGCUCACUGUGUGGUCGGCACCCAACUAUUGCUACCGCUGUGGGAAUGUGGCUGCCAUCUUGGAACUGGAUGAGCAUCUCCAGAAAGAUUUCAUCAUCUUUGAGGCCGCUCCCCAAGAGACACGCGGCAUCCCCUCCAAGAAGCCUGUGGCUGACUACUUCCUGUGACCCUCUGGCUCCAGCCCCUCUGCUCUUGGACCACUGUGACUCCAGCCUCCUCUCCAUGUGGAAGCUGGGCAUGGGGGGCUGUCCCCAGCUCUGCUCUCCCCACAGAGAGGGCACUUUGAGGGUGAGGACUUUGUCUGGAGAGGCUUGGAGCCUCAGCUCCAUGCUCUUUCUCUCCUUUCUCCUGACUUGAAUUGUGAAGUUUCCAAUAAUAUUUUGUUUUCCUUUCUUCCUUUUAUUUUUUGUUUGUUUUUAGAUAAAAAUUUUGA